AUGGAUAUUUUGCCCGAUUUUCAGAAGUUUUUAUGGUACAAAAAAGACUGGAACCUUUCCAAACUCAAUGAAAAAGAAAAGGAUAUUUUAAAUCAAUGUCUGGAAAAGCCUACCAUAGCAAUUUCAGACAAUCUUGAAAAAAUAAUUCAUAACAGUAAAAACUUUCCUAUAAAAUUUCCAAUAGAAACUAUAAGAUUACAAAAAUUAAAACAGCGUAAACCAAUUGAGAGGCUAAAGAGGAAUAUUGAAUCAACAUACCCCUUAAUCCACAAAAGAGUUUUGCAUUUAAUGGCACAUUUUCUUGUACAUAAAAGGGAAUAUGGAUCAUAUAUUGAGAAGGAAUUUUACAAAGACAUGACAGUGCCACAACUUAUAGACAGAAUAUUGAAAAAAAGAGCUAUAUCAUUUGUUGGGCCUAAGGAUAAAUAUAUAUUAAUUUCUGGUGCUAAAGGGGCAGAAGGAUGGGAAGAGAUUGGCACGCAUGAACAAAAACCCCCUUUAUUACUAAAAGACUGUCUGAGCUAUGACGAGCUGAAGCUCUCAGCUAUGGUGUAUGUGAGUGGAUAUACAGAAUGUAUCAAUAAUGGUGAUAGACACAAUAAAGGGUUUGUUAAUGAAAAUAAUGUAGAGCAAGAAGCCGUUAUUAUUGGUCUAAUUGGCCCACGUUUCUCACGAAAGGGCAGAAUGGACUUUGAGGAUAUACUAAUUACUAACCAACAGAAUAUACCAGAGAAUGGUUAUGGAGAAGAUUCUGUAAAUUCCCCAGAUGCUUCGAAAUAUAAAGCAAAAAAAGAAUUGAGAAAUGUGUGGAGUAAAUUUUUUGAGGUUUCAUUAGUAUCUCACAAAAAAGCAUUGUCUAAAGUGAAAAACAUACAAUUUGAUAAAGAACAAUAUACAGAAAGAUAUAUCUAUGUAACAAAAGGAAAAGAUAAAUACAUAUUUGAUAACGAAGUGUACUACAAGAGGCUCUGUAUCAUCGCAGAGAGCACUUUCAUGGAAGCUGAGUUCCGAGCGAAGGAGUGCGGGAAGAGUGCCUUUGUGAAUGUUAUUGGAUGUGGUCUGGGUGUGUGGAUGAUAUCGGCGCACCAGUGCGACGUGUACGUGCUCACCUUCCUGGAGAGGGCGCGGGCGUUGCUAGAGAGAGGGCGAUUAGACCACGUGGCGGAUAUCAACUUUGCAUAUGUGAAGGCCAGCCCUAAUGUGGAAGCAUUAUUUUCCAACCCCAAAUACCAAGAUAACCAGUUUCCCAAUAGGAAGAAGAUCUUCUUGGAAAGCAAAACACAUCCUAAUGGCGGUAUAAACAUACAAAUGGAGAACAGACAGCCGUCAUCAAAGUUAGUGGGUAGAGACGCGGGCAAACUGCUGGUGCUAACCUAUCCCUGGGACAGCAACGCGCAUCCCGGGAAUGAAUUCUGGUAUGGUAGAUUGCACACAUCAGGUGACCCGGCUGCGGCGUGCUCUACUCAAGUAUCGGAGCUGCACAAUGCCCAUAUCAACCCAUAUGUUAGUUCUCUUCACACACGCCUCGUCACUGACGAAGGAGUGAUGCUCUUGAGUGAUUAUUGUACU